GGAAAUAUGUCAGAAGCAAUGCUUUCUUCUUUAGUAGAAGUACAUGUCCUUUAUUCAAUAGUUCACCUUUCAGUUUUUCUUAUCAGGAUUUAGUUUGUUGUUGGUUAAAGGUUGGGUGGUGACUCACAACGAGGCAAUGGUAGUACUGUAACACAAACCCCCAGCGGUAAUGUAUGCUGCUUCACUAAUUCCUUGGAAAUUCAUGCAGUUACUUUUGAUUUAAGCAAUGGAUUCCUGUCAGCAUUACUGGGCUCAUGGUCAUGACAAAAAAAAAAAAGAAAUCAGAUUUAAAUGUGUGUCUAGCCACAUGGGGGCAGGCUUAAGGCAUAGCUGGCUAGUCUGAUAACAACAGAAAAGGGUACAGAUAAGCUAUCUUAUCAGAGUUUGCCAGCUGCUAAUACACAGAAUCUCAUGUCUUCAUUCUCCCUGUGGAGACACAUGGAUUCAAACCACUGUUGUGUCCAUGGACAGCACACAGGGAGCCACCUAAUCAAAGGGAGGAUGCUCUGGGGUGCAGGGGGCACAGAGCUGUCUCAGACGUUAUCACAGACUGAUGUACAAUGCACCUUGUAUGCUUUGUCCUAUGGUGUGCGUUACUCCUGAGCUUAUAUGCUCAGUUAAAGUCAAGUGAAAAGGGGCAAACACAAAGCUUAAACUGGUUGCUUUACGUGCAACAAAAAGCUUUGAUUAACUAUAUUUCUAGUGAUGUAAUUUGUUAGGGGUUUCACAUUAUCUAUAUUUAUAUAUAUGUGUGAAGUGACGAGCACUUCUUGUGAGUAAGAAGGUGCUUUUUGUAGGAGGGGGAAACAUUCAACUUAAGAAUUAAGGCACUAAAAUUGGAAAAAAAAAUUCAUUUCAUUAGGAGUAUGAUUUAAAAACCAACUCUGAUGUGUGAAUGUCAUUCAUCACACUAGAUUAACACUGACCUUAAAUCACUAAGAUCAAUAUUUUCCAUGUCUCUUGGGUGUUUAACAAAUCAAAUCAAAAUGUUAACAAGUGUAUUGUUUUUCAUUGGCAUGCGGUCCACAUUAUACAGACUGCCUUAUCACAGAGCUCAGUCCUCCACCCGGGAUGAGUGUGAUAAGACUCGGCAGACUUCUUAAAGCAGUCGAAAGACUUCAGGAAACAUCUUCCUUGGUCCACCAACAAUAAUGUUAUCCCUCAUACAAUAUAAGCCAUAAUGGAACCUACAGCCAAUGUUAUCUGUAGAGGAAGGGCCACCCUUUCCUGUUCUGCAGACUGAACAAACAAGAAGUUUUAGUAAACUACCAGAGGGAUCACAUUAUCUCACAGAUUUGCAGAGGUUUUAUUCAGGAUGUGAAGAGACCUGGACCCUGAUUUCUUUAUGUGAAUGUAAUGAUAUAUAUUUUUUUUAAUUUCUAAAUAUGAUUUGAUGUAGGUGUGGAGACUUAAAUUAGUACAGUUUCAGAAUUACACUUUCAAAUGAGUGAGGUGAUUGUAAAGUGUAUUAACUGCUUCUCAUUUUCUUGGAUCUUCCCCUCUAGAGAGAAACUACUCCUCUGAUUAAAGUUGUAAAUGAUAAAACCUGUACGAUCACGACUUCGGACGCAAGUAGUAAGGACUGGUGAAGUGCAGAGCCCACUCGUGUGUGUGUGUGAGUGUGUGCGCGCACGCGUGCGUGUGUGACAGAGAAUGAGUGACAAGCUCGGCAACAGCACUGCCGCCCACUCACACACAAGCUGGGUGAAUCUUAAUUGUGUAAUGUUCAUUGACGAGUCAGCACAAUGCUGCUGAGACCGCGGAGGCGCACUGAUCCGAGCAGAGCGAUGAAAUGCUCCCAGCGAGGAGAACCCAGAUGGACAGCCUAGUACAGCCGCUCGUCGCCCAGUACCUCGCCAUGGGAUGCCAAUCAAAAGAAAACAACCAAAACGAAAGUGUGUCGCCGGAUGAGAAGGGAAAGGACGAUACUAGAGUGACUCCAAGAUGCAGCUCCAGGGCUAGAGUUUCUCCUCCAGGCCGUCCUCACCGGUUCCACAAACCCAGCCCGGCCCAGACCGCCUUGGGUAAAUCCAUGAUGUCCCUGGGACACCUCACCAAGGGGGCGAGCUGGGAGGAGCUCAUCCAGGCCUGUCUGCAGUCUUUCGACUCGGACGGUUGUGUAUGUGGGAGCAGCCAUUUGUUGAACAUCACCCUGACCAUGCACCGUUCCCUGAUCUCCUCCAGUGAUCUGCUGGACAAACUCAUUACUCUAUUCAAAACAGCGCUGGACAAUGAGCAGCCAACAGAGUGCCAGAGGAUAUGCUACCUCAUCAGGCAUUGGACCCAGGAAUUCUGGAUGAUGUUUCGGUUGCACCACAGCUUGUCAGACAGCCUGGACGAGUUCCGGGAGCUGAUCAGAGAGCAGGGACAGGAGCAUCUUUGCCCUCUUCUAGAGACCAAAUGGAUAAAUGAACGGGACUGGUCAUGGAAGGCCAGCCAGAAGAUCAAAGCUAACAGCAGUAAAAAGAGGAAAGUUUCUCUUCUUUUUGAUCACCUGGAGCCCAUUGAAUUGGCUGAACAUCUCACCUACCUGGAAUUUAAAUCUUUUUGCAGGAUAUCAUUUGUAGACUAUCAGAAUUACAUUAGCAACUGCUGCAUGAAGGACAUUCCCGUGAUGGAGCGUUCCAUUGCCCUGUGUAAUGGUAUCUCCCAGUGGGUUCAGCUGAUGGUGCUGAGCCGGCCGACUGCUCAGCUGAGAGCUGAAGUUUUCACCAAGUUUAUCCACGUUGCACAGAGUCUACAUCUUAUGCACAACUACAACACACUAAUGGCGGUGGUAGGAGGCCUUUGUCACAGCUCGAUCUCCAGACUGAAAGACACCACCUCACAUGUACCUAGUGAGGUCACCAAGGUACUGAACGAGAUGACAGACCUGCUGUCCUCAUGCAGAAAUUAUGACAACUAUAGGCAAGCUUACAACAGGUGUACAGGUUUUAAAAUCCCUAUCCUGGGCGUCCACCUUAAAGACCUGAUUUCAGUCAACGAGGCCAUGUCAGACUACGUGGAGGACAACAAGGUCAAUGUCCAGAAGCUCCAGGCUCUCUACAGCCACAUUAAUGAGCUGAUCCAGCUCCAGCAGAUCCCACCCAGGCUGGAUGCUAACAAGGACUUGGUCCAUCUGUUGACGCUGUCCUUGGACCUUUACUACACCGAGGAUGAGAUCUAUGAACUGUCUUACGCCAGGGAACCUAAGAACUGUAAAGCACCUCCAGCCACCCCUUCCAGACCUCCAGUGGUUGUUGACUGGGCACCAGGAGUGGCUCCCAAACCUGACCCCCGAACCAUCAGCAAACAUGUUCAGAGAAUGGUGGAUUCUGUGUUUAAGAACUACGAUCACGACGAGAAUGGCUUCAUUUCACAAGAGGACUUUGAGAAAAUUGCUGCUAGCUUUCCUUUUUCUUUCUGUGUCAUGGACAAAGAGAAGGAAGGCCUUGUCAGCAGAGACGAGAUCACAGCCUAUUUCAUGCGGGCAAGUGUCAUCUGCUCCAAACUGGGGCUUGGGUUUGUCCACAACUUCCAGGAGGCGACUUACAUGAAACCCACUUUCUGUGACAACUGCUCAGGAUUUUUGUGGGGUGUCAUCAAGCAAGGCUACAGAUGCAAAGAUUGUGGGAUGAAUUGCCACAAGCUGUGCAAGGACCAGGUGGCGUUUGAGUGCAAGAAGAACACCAAAGUGUCCAACGCCAUUGACAGUCCGACGCCGAGCUCGACGCCUGUCACCAUGGGCACCUCAGAGGGUUCAGAAGAAUGUCCUUUCCCCUAUCCAGCAGAUGACGGCAAAGACUGGAGCCCAGACUCCCCGUUCACCUCCCAUUCGAAGCCCCAGAGGGUCCAUAGUGGCACCCAGACAGAGGGACCCCAGCUAUCCUCUGCAGCUGCCGACCUCAGUCGCUCUCAGCCUUCUCUGUUAGUCCCAACAACACCUACCCUUACUUCGUGUCCCAGCCCGGUGCCCCAGAGAAAAUACUGUGCCAAGUGGGAAAACAGAGCUUCUGUUGUGCAUAAGCCUAAAGAACCAGAAGAAGAGAGCAAACCCACCUACGAAACUCUGGAAUCAGACAACCAGAAGCUGCAGAAAGCCAAUGAGACACUACGUAGGAAGCUGAAGGAGACAGAGCGGGAAGUGGAGAUACUAAAGACACUGCUAAAGAGGCACGCUCUCCACCCCGUGGAGGAGGAUUCCUCGUCCUAGACUUGUACAUACAUUAUACUAAACCUUCUCCAGGGAGACUGCUGCUGCCCCCUCUGGCAGCAUGCAUAAUUCUGGAUCCAAUAUUUAACUUAUUGGUCAUGAACAGUGCAAGUAAUUUAUCAGUAUAAUGAGACCCAGACAACAUGGCAUCCCAUGGUAUGAAGUGAGAAACAUUGCACAUAUCCAGUAGAGGUGUUCUAAUGCUGUAAUGUUAGACAGCCAAUCAAAAAAGCCAGUCAGUAUGUCACCAAUAAUGAGGUUAAGGACAUUUUUAAGCUGUGUAUGGAAGCUACAGCACAUAGUACAGCGAAAAUACAGUUUACCAAUUAACAAAAAACAUAUCAAAAUAACUGUAUAGUAUGAACAUGCUAAAAAAGGCUGUAGUGUUGUAUUUAAAAAAGUGAAGGAGCCCCUUUACUGUACAGUUUUACAGAAGAAUGAAAAUCAUCGCAAUGAGCAUUAGUUACAGAAUUUAAUGAACCCUUAAGAGUAGUUGCAGUUGGUAUGGGGGUUUCUGUUAAAAGUAUGUAAACAAAAAAAACAUGAAUGAAGAAGUGCAGUAUUUUAGACAAAAUAUGGCAGAAUGUGUUUGAUCGAUUCUUGAUCAAUUAAUGGCCUUGGAUAUUUAUGUUAAACAUAAAAUGGAAAUCGGGGGCUGCGGUAAAAUGAAUGCAGCUAUAUAUUUUUCAAAAACAAGAGGAUUGUGGCUUAUAUGACAGGUGCGUUACUACUAUUGUUUUUAUUAGUACUAACGAGCCCACUGAUUAAAGCAGCAGAAUGAAAGUUCAGCACUGUCAGAAUGGCCUCAGAUGUACACAACUGUUGUUGCUCUGCAUCAUUGUCCCUGUUCAUAUCAAUGCACAAGAUGUUUUCAGUGCGUCUGUUAAUAUUUAUUGUCUGAAACACUACACAGUUGAUAUAAAGAGUGAGACAAAUGAACAUUUUGUACAGUAUGCUGGUACUGUCAGUGAAUUAUUUAUGCUUGUGUGUGUUGGCAUCAUAUUGAUCCUUAUUAUUUUUAUUGUGCAGCCAUGUCAUCGAAUUAUUGUGCAGUCCACUGUAGCAGUGUUGUACUGUGAACGGCAGUCAAGAUGGGUGUGUUUGUACUGUGUGUAAUGUACUGUAAAUACAAAGUAUACACAGUGCCAUUCUAGCUAUAUCAAGAUUCAUCUCUCUCUCUCAGUAUUGUUCUAUUGUUGUAAUAAACUGUAAAAUCAU